GAAAGAUCCCUCCGAAAUUCCAUAUCAAAAUAAUCUCUCUAUUACAAAAGCAUCUACGACCUAGUCUAGUCAAUCAUCCUCUCGUACUGAGAAUGCUUUUCUCCAAACGCCUCUCGAAAACUCCCGAUCAACUUGAACUUCACAAAGCCGCGCUUCUUUACCACAAACAAAAGCACGCUUUUCGACCUAUGCAACAAGUGCAGAAAUCUCCAAUUCAUCUACCGGAAGAAUCUAUACGACAAAAAGUAGGCGUAUCAUCAGAUUCCCCAAUAUCUAUCGGCAAUGUCUUUCAAGAUGGAAUGUCAAGUCUCCCAGUGAUGCAUCUGCCCGAACAUCAUCUUGUCCGACUUCGAAAAUCGAGAACGCAAAAAUCUGAUAACGUCUCACACAAGACAUCAAUACACACGAACAAUCUCUUUCGAGCUCGUGCUCCCAAGCCCAAAAUUCGUAUUUUCUCCAACAGACACUCCAAAGAGCCACCCAAGACGACAACUGAGGAGAAAACAAACACCUGUAUCAAAGCAGCAGCUGAAGCAGCAAUCAAACCCAAACCUACUCGUCUAGUUCUCGCUCCCGAUUCUAAAUGGUCUUUAUCUCCACCCAAAAAUGCAUCUAAUUCCAAUCUAGCUCGCGGGGCUAGUGCGGAGCAAAAUCACGACUACUCCGAGAACACCAUCACGGUGGAAAAAGACCACACAGACGAGGACGGUUGUCACGACCUGCAGUCCAAGGAGAUAAAUGAGAGUGUCGCAGAAGAAAAACUUGAGUUAGAUAUUAGACCUUCGGAAGCAAGCAAAGUGGGAUUAUACCAGGGGUGGAAGAGACGAAUCUUAGAGCGAAGCGGGGCAAAAGAGGUUCACUAGUUGGGAAAUGCUGAGAUGGAUGGUUGAAGUUGGGAAUAUUUUAUGUUUUGGUUUCGGA